CCCAACACCGACGGUUUUGAGCCUUUUUGAUCCUUUUUUUUGCUCGCCAAAGGAACUCAGGAACACCACCCUGAUCUCCGAGAAAAAAGUCUUUCGAACAUCUUAGCACGAUCCCGUUGCUUCUGACUUCGGCGCAUGUGCAUGAAAGACGUGCGCGGGCCACAGCCGCUGCCUCCAGACGUUGGAAGCAUUGUCAAAGACCUUUGGAUGCAUUUGCAACCAGAACGCACGUCGCAGAACCAGGCGCCAGCGUAUUUUGUGCGUCGAGAGCCUCUGCGUGAACAGCAAGGCGCGGACUCGGCCAGGGGAAGACACGCCAACGCACGCCACAGCCGCCAGUCGCUCCACUCUCGCGCGAAUCCCAACCUUGACCUUGACGCAUCGAGGGAGAAAAGACUCGACCACUACUCCUGAGGAAAUCGUCUAGCCUCCUCCCAGUAAUUGACCCACCAACGCUUGCCUCCACAUAUCUUUUCGACACUCUUGCGGCCUGCUCGUCUGCCUUUCCACCUGCCGAGCCAUCUUGUUACACUUCUGGUUUUGUAUGGAUUUCGCCCGCUGCGCCUCGUCACUCCUCCACCACAACAGCCACAUGUCGCAUAUGUCGUAGACAGCGAAGAUCUCUGGACCGCAAUCUUAGCGCCCGUCCAACCACGCCCCUAGGGGAACGGCGACACCCCCCAAACGUGAGCAAUGCAAAAUGACUCCUCGACGCGGCAGCAAUCGUUCCUGCCAGAUCGUUCCAUGACAUACAGCACUGCAUCAUCCUUCUACGCACGCGAGUCCACAUACGACUUUGCCGGAUCUGCUCCUGCGCCCGCAACUUUGACUGCCGCCGGGACGACGGGAGCGAGAAGCACGCCGUCAAUACAGUUCCCGAAGCCGGAAAUCCUGCUGGGAAACUAUGCGCCGUCAUCUCUUGCGUCGAGGAAUGGAGGGCCAACCUCGCCGCCGGCGCAAAAGAGGAGGAAAGCCUCGCUGAGCGACCCUGUGCUCACGCAUCUUCUCCUGCAGACGGCACUGGGCGAUUCGGGCGACUUUGAAAUUCUCUCCCUAGACGAAUUGGAGGCACUCAAGAGAGAGGGUCAGAGUUUACGAGCGAGAAUAUCUGGCUUGCAGAGGAAGCUAGCUCUGGAGACAAAGGUACGCGACGCAGCAAAGUCGCUUGUACGCCUGCGAUCAACGCCCUCAUCCGCCACAUCUUCACCCAAGUUCAACAGGCGCAGUUCGAACAUAGCAAAGGAGUCGCAAGACAGGGCCCAACUCGAGUACGAAGAGGCGGAAAAGAAGUGCGAUGCCCUUGCUCGCGAGCUGUACAGCCUGGAGCAGAGGGAGCGACAAGUGCAAACAAGGAUAUUGCAGCAUACUGCUGGCAUACUGCAGAUGACGCAUCAUGGGUACACCAAAACCCAAGGAAUGCCUUUCCUUCCGGGCGCGAGGCCGGACAGUCCAGCGAGUCUCGACGGGACGCAGCCACGAAACCUCAAUGGAGCAGUCCAGAAUUACGAUGCGCUAAUGUUCAAUGACCCUUCACCGUACGACAACAUGCUAGAAAGCCUAAACAGUACGCCGCCGAAACAGCAGCCGCUGGGCAGACUUUCUGCCGACACGAGCGCUCAGCAACGCGAGAUGCUAGGAUACCUAGCGAACGGCUUGGAGGAUCUGAACACACGUGUGGCUGCUGUGCUAGCUAGGACCAACACGCAAAAAGCACAGAAAUACGGCCGAUUUCCCGAGAUAAUCGACGAUGCUGUCAACGUAUCUCUGGCCCAACGAUUAGAUCAGCUUGCGCAAGGGCUGGACGACAUCGAGGCGGAGCAGAAGGCUCUACAACAAGAGGCGGAAUCACGCUCACAGGGCGAUGACAAGCAGGUUGCACAGUUGCAGGCCGAGCUACAGGCAAGCAUACAAGAGAAUAUGGCCCUUCAAAAGGAAUACGACAGAAUCGAAGACUCCAUGAGUGCGCAGUUGGCUGAAAUCAACAGCGAACUGUAUCAAGUGAUGACGGCGGCCUCGUUGAACGUCGCCAAAGCUCCAGCAGACUCAGGACCCAUGGAUUCGCUGGAGUACACAAAAGCGCAGCUGGCGAAUGUAAAGAACAUGGUCCAGGCGUCAUCCAAAGCUGCAAACGAAGCACGCCAAGUUGACGCUAUGGUCCAAGGGCUUUGGGCGUUCAUUCUUGGCGCAGAAGAAGAUCUACGAGAUCGAAAGCGUAAGGAGAGGGAACAGCUCGCGCAAAAGAGGGCUGCAGGUGCAAGGGUCGAUUCAGAAGAUGAAAUUUCGGACGAUGAGGAUGUCGGCGCAGAGCUAGGAGAGACGUUCACCAUGCAGGCGUUCAACGCGAAAGUGCAGUGGCUCGUUUCACAAUCACUACAGCUGAAGGAGUCACAGAGUGAUCUUAAACGGAAGAUAAAGGCACAUCGCGAACGCGCGGACCGAAGCCUAGAGAGCCAAGCAGGUAAUGAUGGGCUGAGAGAGCAACUCAAUCAGACGAAUGCGCUGUACGCUGCAGCUCAAGAUCAGCUCCGUGAUCUGGAGUCGCGGAUUGCUCAGUUGCAGAGCUCUCAAGAUGAAAAGGACGCCCGCCUCAAAGCAUUGCAGGAUGAAAUCGCAAAGGCUGACAUGAACGCCCGUAACGAGGCACGCCAAGAGUCCAAGGUUGAGAUCGAAGUUCUGGAGCAGCAACUCAAGGAUGCGCAGGGCAGAGCUGCAGCGUUCGAACAGGAACUCGCUGCUGCGCAGCGACAGCGUGAGGUAGACCUAGCAGCAACCGAUGAAGCUGCAAAGCAAAGCGAAGCUGAGAUGCAAGAACUCCGGGACGAAGUCGUACGACUCAAGACCGAACUCACGAUCGCGCAGGCAGAGCUCGACGGCGCAUAUGGAAGCCGAUCCGAGAGGGCUGCCGAGACGGCCGCGGCGGCGAACACGGAGGCAAGCAAGAAACUCGAGGCCAUGAUAUCGAAGAACGCGGAGCUCACGGCCCAGAUUGCCGAUCUGCAGCGGGCUAGUGGCGAAAGAGAGUCUCAACUUAAGAAAGAACUUGCGGACACUCUAAAGGAGUUUGAAGAGCUGACAAAGGUGUCCGUGGAGCAGGAGAGAGAGCGGGAUGAAUUAGAAAGCACGAUUGAUAAGUACAGGGAUAGGAUUGAGAGCCUGGAGGCGCAGAUUGCAGAAGACCAGGUCAAAUGGCUAGGCUUUGUGGGCGACGGAGGAAAUGGUGCGAGUCCGGGAAGCAAUGUGUCUGGCCCCAGUCAGAGUAUGAGUGUGAUGGUUUUGAAGAACGAAUUCAAGAAAAUGAUGAGGGAUGCAAGGACAGAAAGCGCUAAACAGUUAAGAGCGGAGCAGGAUGAACGUAGACGACUCGAAGGAAUUAUUCGAAAUAUGAAGAAGGGCAGCGUUUCUAGGAAGGGGAGCUUGACGAACGCGUUGGCGGCUUGAAGAAGGAUGAGAAGUUCGGUUUAUGUAAUUUCACCGCAUUGGGUUGAGGGCCUGAUUUGGUUACAAGAAAAGCCCGCAUAAUGAUGCAUUUUCUAGGUGUUUAGACAAAGCAAGCAGCCACCGGGAGUGCUCAAGGCCCCCGGUUGAGACUGCGGUAUGUUAGAUUAUGGUGAAGUUUAGGAUAUUGUAUACAUACUCAAAAGACUUUACAGAAAACAAAUAUGUUCGCCAUAAGAACUGGAAGAAUGUUAGAAUGUAGACCAU